UGCACGGCCGGCGCGGAGCCUGGCUGCUCCGCCUCCUGCUCCGCGGCUGAGCUCGCAGGGUCGGGCCGUCCAGCCGGAGCGAUGGAGCAGCCCGGGAAGCGGUCGGGGCCGGCGGCUCGGCUGGACGCCAUCCUCCGGCACCUUUGCCCGCAGCCGGGGGCAGCGCCUGCGCUGACAAGUGUUCCUACUGCAGCCCAAGUGAGUGCUGUUCCUCAGCCAGGGAGGUUUUGCUACACGGUGGACAACGACGUGCUGAGCACAGAGCAAAGGCAGUUCUAUGAAGACAACGGGUAUCUGCUGGUGCGGAAGCUGGUGUCUGACGCGGACAUCGAGCGCUUCAGGAAGGAGUUUGUGAGGAUCUGUGAAAAAGAGGUGAAUCCACCUGGAGCUAUGAUUAUGAGAGACAAGUCCCUGAGAUCCCAGUAUGAGCAGUCUGAAGGAGCAGUUAAUAAAGUGCAGGACUUCCAGGAAGAUGAGGAGCUGUUCAGAUACUGUACUCUGCCAGAGAUCCUCAAGUAUGUUGAAUGCUUCACAGGGCCAAACAUCAUGGCAAUGCACACCAUGGUGAUAAAUAAACUGCCAGAUUCUGAUGAACAGACUUUCCUGCACCCCAUGCAUCAGGACUUGCACUAUUUCCCCUUCCGGCCUGCGUCGCGCAUCGUGUGCUCCUGGACUGCCAUGGAGAGGGCUGACAGCCACAACGGCUGCCUGGUUGUGCAGCCAGGGACACACAGGCAGCCCCUGAAGCCCCACGGCUACCCACAGUGGGAGGGUAAAACCAACCAACUUUUCCAUGGGAUACUGGAUGAGGAUGAGACGAGUCCCAGGGUUCAGCUCAUCAUGGAGAAGGGAGACACGGUGUUCUUCCAUCCCCUGCUCAUUCAUGGCUCUGGGAUAAACAAGACAUCAGGUUUCCGGAAGAGUAUAAGCUGUCACUUUGCCAGCUCUGAGUGCUACUACAUUGAUGUCAAGAACACGACCCAAGAGCACCUGGAGAAAGAAUUGGUAGAAAUUGCUCACAAGAAAUACAACUUGACUUCUGUGGAUAUGAAGGAUAUUUGGAGCUUCCGAGCGCGGCUUGUGCAAGGGGAGAGAAUUAACCUGUAGAACCACCUCUGAAGAGCAGGAUGGAAACCACAUGCCUGACAAGGAGCUGCUGUGAUCAGAGGGUGCAGCCCCUGCCUCAGCAGGCAGAGCUGUGUGUGCUGUAUUAGUGACUUAGCCAAACCCUGCAUCGCAGAAUCACUUCAUGCUAAUACAGAGUGUUUGCACUGAGGUAAAACAAAUUAUGUGCAUCAAAAAUCCCUUAACCCAGAAAAGCAGAGGUUUGCUGUGCUUAGCCAUGACAGGUAAAGAGCUGGGGUCUUGAAAGAACACUUUGAUUUUUCUUGCUGUUUUAAUUCUUGUUUUCCACAAGUUCCUCCAUGCCAUCCCUUUGGAAUGAUGCUUUACUAACAAAAGGCUUUAUGCAGGAAUCUAUGCAAGGGUUGGGUUUGAGUGUUUCCAACUUCCUUUUCUGUGCACAAGAACUAAAAUGAACACGAGUUCCACACCAGCCCUCAGUGUGAGCUCCCAUGGGAGGGUGUUGGUACAGCUGAUGGCAAUGGGGACAUUGGUACCAGCAGAGCCAGCAGUGUAAGGAAUGAGGUGAAGGGAAAGCAGCAGCCACUCCCAUGGAAAAGCAGGAUUAUGGUGGGAAGGUGAUGGCUGGUGCAGUUCCUCAGCCAUGGCCUGGGCAGGCAUCGCAUCUUACCCAGCAGUGCUGGUGCAAGUGAGCACAUGGCUGCUGGGGCAGGGAGCUGCUGGGGCAGGGAGCUGCUGGGGCAGGGAGCUGCUGGGGCAGGGAGCUGCUGGGGCAGGGAGCUGCUGGGGCAGGGAGCUGCUGGGGCAGUAAACCAGCCUGCUUUUGGCCCUACACUGUAGGCACAAACGUGGCUUGGACCAGCCAGCUUCAAUAAAGAUGGUAGGGACAAGUUAAUGCAGCUGGCAAGCUACAUCCAAUUAUCAGAAACAGGUGCUGCAAGUUAAUCAGUUGGGCCCUGGGUGAUCACAUGAGCAGAAGCAGCAUAUGAGGAGGCAGCCAGCAAAGGAAGGGUGGCUUUGAGUCAGCUCUGUUGGUUGUACUACGUUGCCCGUGUGCGUCUCUGCACGUGCAUUACCUAGAUUCUCUACAUCUUUCAAUGAAUAUUGCUUGCACCACUACAACACUACACAACCCCUCAGGCUGUAUGAAACCAGAGAGUCCUUCUCCUAGGCUGGAGGGGCUGGGGAGAGGGGCCCUGGGGGGCUGCCAGGCCAGGGAGGAGGUUGGGUGCUCCCUGGGAGGUGCUGGUGGCAGAGUGGAACGAUGUACGCUGAAAUUAGCUUCUCACCUUUCACAGUGUUUCCCCUUGCUUUCUGAAAGAGUCUUUCUAUUUUUGGAAGUACAGAUUAAA